ACAAACAAAACUAAAGAAGUUAAGAGGACUGUUGAGCAGAUUAAAAGGAAAUCAUGGACUGUUGGGACAUAUAGAUAGCGACUGACGAAUCCCUUUAAAAAUUUGUCCUGAAUGAGCGAGGCGGGGACCUUGAUUUCAGCGGAGGUGCAACACUGUGUGUUUCUUCGCGAUACGAAGCUUUAAGCCGCGAACAAAAGAUUAUUGAUAUAUUACAAGAUAACGGUCAGAGGAGCAACUAUUUAGGCCUGUAUGAACAAUACCCGACAAUUACGCUAUGUCAAAUCAAACUGAAAUGACAAUUGACGCACAAAUCUCGCGAGAGGUUGUGUAUAAUGUCUGGGUGAUUUUUCCGGCUGGUGACUGAUUUAUGAAAAUAUGACGAGAAAAUUUUAGACUCCAUUAAAAAAUAUGGAUGAAAAGUGCCGUUCCUUUUAUUCUGGAAACAGAGAAUUACUUAUGUUGUUAAAAUUGGAGUAAGUUUUUCAUGGAGUCAGAGAAAACGGGCGAGGAUAGCGGCACGAAGGAAGCAAGCACCGCGGAGGAAGAUGCUGAUGUGAAGACUUCCGGCGAACAUCAUUCCACACCGGAAACCUCUGAGAAGAAAAAGAAGGUCGGGAACUACAUCCUUGGAAAGACUCUGGGAGAAGGCUCUUUUGCUAAAGUACGCCAGGGCAUCCAUUUAAUCGCCCAUGAAAAGGUUGCUGUAAAAGUUGUCUCCAAAAAGGCGUUAUUGGUUCGUGACUUUGUCCGUAAGAACGUGAGGCGUGAAGCGAUCGUGCUACAGAAGCUCUCUCACCCUAACAUUGUCAGAAUGUACGAAGUCAUGGAGACCGAGAAUUCUUAUUAUCUAGUCCUAGAGUACGCCGAUUGUGGCGAAUUCAUCAAAUAUUUGUCUAUAAAAAAAUGUCUGUCUGAAAAUGAAUGCAAAAAGUACGCCCGCCAGUUAGUUUCUGCAGUGGAUCAUAUGCAUGUCUCUAACAUUGUACACAGAGAUUUGAAGUUGGAAAAUUUUCUCCUUGAUGCAAAUCUGGAUAUAAAGAUAAUAGACUUUGGAUUAAGUAACGUGUUUUAUGGCGACACCUCCCUCUCCACUCAGUGCGGCUCCCCCGCCUACGCCGCCCCGGAAAUCCUCAACAACCAGAAAUACGGACCGGCCGUGGACAUAUGGAGCAUAGGAGUUUGUCUGUUUGCUAUGCUUGUGGGUUCACUUCCGUUUAUUCCGCAGCCCGCCAACAACAUAGCACAGCUCAACUCACUGAUCCUAAAAGGAUGUGUGAUUCCGGAAACGCUGAGCGAAGAAUGCAGAGAUUUACUACAGUCGAUGUUAACAUCCGAUCCCAGACGGAGAAUCAAGAUGGAGGAAAUUUUGCGACAUCCAUGGCUUGUAGGAGAAAAUGAGGAGACCGUUUUUCGACAGUCGGCCAUUUCAAAUCUUCUUCCGCUAGUUCCUCAGGGAUCGGUGAUUAAUUACAUGACAAAGAUGUUUGAUUUUAAAGAGAGUGAGAUUGUGAAUGCUCUCGGUGAACGCAAAGUGAAUUCUAUUGCUGCAACUUACUAUCUUUUGAAGAAACGAUUCGACUCUGGAUUACACUUAGUGAGUUGUCCACAAAACAUGAGGAAUCAUAGACGCGAAUCUGCCUUUUCUGCUUUUAGUAUUGAAUUAAACAACAGAAACACAAAAUCAUGUCCAACAAAAGAUCAGGGUGCUGAAAAUGUUGAACCAAAAAGGGUGAAUACAGCGGGUGAAAUUAAACACAAUAACUAUAGGAGCUAUUUACAAUACUUGAAAGUUUCAAGGGAGAGAACAAAUGCAUUCUCUAAGAACAUUUUCCUCCGGCGGCAAAAGACGAGAAACUCACUCACAAGGUCUUACACCAAAGUAGAAAAGAGUGAUAACCCUGCCCCGGAUCUUAUAACGUCUGAAUCCACAAAACCUGAUUUUAGACUCACCUAUACUCCUAUUCACGCUGACGCUUUGUUUGAAUGGGACAAGGAAGGGUUAAUCCGUAGGGAGAACAGAAGAGUUAGACCAAAGCUUCCAGAACCCUUCUCAAAAGAAAAACCUAAGAUUCAUAACAAUAAAAAUUUACAAAGCUUACCAAUGAUGGUAACCGGUGAUAAGAAAGGUAGUCAUAUUAGUCAUAUUCGUCAUUCUGUUUUUUCUCCCCCUCCACCUCCGAAUACGUCUCUGGGUAUGGGCGAUCUUUUAACACCACCCAAUACACCACUUGGCCAACGAACUACCAUAGGGACAAUCAUUGAUGAAGAUUUAGAAAGUCGAACAGACCUUGAUAUUCCUAUAGCCCCAAGAACUGCACCUUCAUCGAAUUUAAGGACUAACCACUCUUUGUUGAAUUCGAAACAAAAUUCGGAAAUUGAAACUGUCAAAUCUAUUUCUGACGAUGAUAAACUAGAAAAGCCAGAUCUUGCCCUAGUUUUAGCUGAUCCAUGUUCCCAAGAAAUUUGGGGAUCUUUUCACAAACAUAAGGCAAAAUUAAUAAAAAGUGGAGUUAUUUCAUUGAAUAGAUCAAAGACUGUGUACGCUAAUCCGAUCUCUUCACAGAAAAUGUUGACCCCUAGAGACCAUAAAGCAAUAGACGAAGUCCAAAAAGCACAGAUAGUGGGGAAAGGACGUCUUCUUCUUGAACGUAGCUCCACUCGAAUAAGCGUUGGUUUCUCGGACUUCCAAAAACAAAGUUCAUAUCUUCCCGAAUAUGCCAAACCCAACACUGCUAUUGGUGGAAGAAGAGAAGUAUUCCCGGAAGUGAUAGGCUCUGCAAAAUCUCGAGCCCGAUCCGAUAUUAUAGACUUCGAAAGAAAAGGUGUUCCAAAGUUACCACAAAUGACAAUAGAACCAAUAAGGCAGGGCACGGAGUCUGAGAUCGAUAUUCCUGACAUGCCGCCAUCUCCCACUGCAUACGAAAGACUGAUUGUUGAGGAUGAAACUCCAAUGAUGCGUAUCCGAAUCACAAGUUCAUUGAAGCAUUAAUCAUAUACUAGUAUUGUUAAAAGAUUAAGACUGCAUGUGAUUUGAUUUCAUAUUUUAUGUAAUAAAAUUCACAUUUCAUUUGAAAGCAUAGCAAGUUUGAACUAGUUAAUGAACACUGAACUAGUAAAUGAUGUCUAUUUUGAAGCCACCUUUAGUAAAAAAAAGAUGAAUAUUACGUGUACUUGAUUAGAGAAUUGUGGUUGAGAUUUUUCAAUUACUAUAUGUCAAUUCAUACCUUCAAUCUGAAAUGGCAUAUAUAUGAGGGUUGUUCCGAAAAAUCGUAGUCAUUAUUUAUAACUU